ACGCCAAUUGUUCCACGACCCUAUACAUUUACAUUACACAACCAUACAACAACUCUCAAACUACACAAGAUGAAGUUCUCACCAAGCGACCUAGCCAUCUGCGAAACAUGUGGAACACAAUACGACGUUCCGUUGUCGCAGCACCCUGAAACAUGCCGCAUCUGCGAUGAUCCUCGUCAAUACGUCCCAGCCUCCGGCCAAUCCUGGACCAACCUUGCCAAAAACCAACAGACACAGAAAAACGUAUUCGAAACCGACUCCAAGGAUGCCCGAAUCCACUACAUCAGCACAAAGCCUCUGACCCCUUCGGAGCUCCCUGCCGGUCUCGCUGAUUCAAGCACUACCCGCAAGCAACUUGGCAUCGGGCAAUGCGCCAUCUUGCUGCAGACAAGUCACGGAAACGUGCUCUGGGACUGCAUUGCGCUGCUGAACCCGGAGACGAUUGAUUUCAUCAAUUCAAAAGGUGGGCUCAAGGCAAUUGUAAUUAGCCACCCGCACUUCUACACCACGCACCUCGAGUGGGCAGAUGCAUUCGGGUGUCCAGUGUACACAUGCCAAGACGACGCGCAAUGGCUUAACCGCGAGGAUAAGAAGGGUGUGAGGAAGCUUGUGAAGGGUGUAACGCCAAUUGAAGAGGUGAGUGGUGAGGUUAAGAUGAUCCAGUGCGGCGGCCAUUUCGAAGGGAGUUCAGUCGCGCAUUGGGAGGAGAAGCUGUUUAUUGCUGAUACGUUUAUGAGUGUGCCUUCUGGCUUCAACAACGCCCACCGUAUCCCUGAUACAACAUCCUUCUCUUUCAUGUGGGCGUAUCCAAAUAUGAUCCCUCUACCUCCGCCUGCUGUCCUGGCCAUCUGGAAGGCGAUCAAGCCGUUUGAGUUUGAUAGCACGUAUGGUGGUUUUGCGGGGCAGAAUAUGAGUCGUCCGGAUUUGAAGGCGCAGGUGUUGCAGAGUAUGAAGAUUUUUCUGAGGAGGGGAGGGCAUGAGAGGGCGGAAAUUUUUGGGGAGAGUGUGUAGGUUUCGUAGGAGAGUGAUGGGAUUUGUAGUAUGUAAUGUGUGUUGGAAGACUGGUAGAAUGUAUUCUUUCUUACCAAUUCUUCUCUGAGUAACAGGCGAAUUCAAACUACUAUGAUAACUAUUCAUAUCCCCAUCGUGUUAUGAUAGGAAGAAAAAAAACCAUGGAAUCCAUUAGCA